AGAAGUACGAACUCAUCCUAUCGUUGUGCGGUAUGCAGGCACAGACUUUAAUGCUGCACCAAAAGGAAAAUUUGUCAUGAACAUGAUGUCACCAAAGCCCCGCAUCAACUCUUAAGCUCCUCACUUUUGUGUUGCGCGACGGGUAGACAGAUAUUAUGAACAGCUUCGGAUAUCCUUUCCUGUGAGCUGUUGCCUCCCUUCCAUUUCACCUCUACCUCAAGUCCCGAUAUCAAGAAAAUCGCAUCAAUCAUAAUGUCUACCGGGGUUGGAAUGUCAUCAUGCUGCCUCACUGGCAAGGUCCAGGAGGGCACACCCAAGGGCCACGUCGAGACCAUUGCUGGCCUUCAGACCUACGUCGCUGAGCCCAAGGAUGGCUCAAAGUGGAAGACUGUCAUCUUCCUCGUCGACAUCUUCGGAUGGGAGUUCAAGAACACCCGCCUCCUCGCCGACCAGUACGCCGAGAAGGGCUUCACUGCCUACAUUCCCGACGUACACGAGGGUGACUCGCUGGACAUUGAGUUCCUCCAGACUGUCGAGCCCCAGAAGACCGAGCGUGACGCUCGCAGUCUGACCGAGAAGGCCACUGCCACAGCAAAGACUGGUGCAACCCUCGGCCCAUGGCUGCUCAAGCACCGCGAAAGUGUCGCUCGUCCUCUGAUUGAGAGCUUCAUCAAGCAAGUCCGUAUGAUUCCCGGAACCAACAAGGUCGGCGUGGUUGGCUUCUGCUGGGGUGGCAGAUACGCCGUUCUGGCUGGAGACAAGGACUUCAGCGGUGCCGAGGGUAUGGGUGUCGAUGCCGUCUACACUUGUCACCCUUCGCUCGUUGCCAUCCCUGGCGACUUUGAGGGCCUCGCCGUUCCCGCAUCAUUCGCACUCGGCGACUCUGACAGCUUGCUCGGAAACAAGGAAGUUGACCAGAUCAAGGAACUCAUGGCAAAGAAGAAGAGCGAGGGCAUUGACACCGAGGUGCGUGUCUACGAGGACCAGGUCCAUGGAUUCGCACUUCGCGGUGACUGGAACUCGGAAAAGGACAAGAAGGCCAUGGAUGAAUCGUGCAAGCAGGGCAUUGACUUCUUCAACAAGCACCUGGCUUGAACAAACUGUGUGGGGUAUCUUAAUAAUCUAGACGAAUGAAACAAUGAUCAUGCUCUCAUGCAGAAGCUGCUGCUGCGGCGGCCUUUUGAUUCUGUUGGUCGUGCUGUUCGAACUUUUGCUGGACUGCACUGGCAGAGGCGAGGAACUUUUCAAUCUCCUUGUCCAGUCCGGCGAGGUGAUCCUUCUUCUUGUUG